UUUACAGAGGCGAGAAAAAUAGGAGGGGAAAGAGAGAGAGGGAGAGGGAGAGAAAAAGACAAGAGGUUGGGGAGAGAGAUGGAGGGAAGGGUGAGUGGCACCUCUCAGAUACAGCGAAGCAACUAAAAAGUAGAGCGAAGACUCUACUCCGAGAGUGAGAGAGAAAGGGAGAGCAAGGGAGAGCGAGGGAGAGAAAGAAAGAGGGAGAGCUCUCGGUCUCUGGACAUGACAUAAUUGAUACUCAUACUGCACAAGGGAGAAUAGGAGGCGGUAGAGUGAAAAGAGAAUGGGAGAAGACCAUGAAGAUGAUGAAGUGACAACAAUUCUCAUUAGGUGGAACAGCACCGGAGCACCUCUUCUCCUGGGGACGUGUCAGAUCAUUAAGACAAGGAACAUUAGCAGGAGAAAAAAGGGGACUUUGGUUCAAGACCUAAAGUGAAGUUGAUGACAGGACAAAUAACACAGAUGGACCAUUCACUUUGUUUAUCUCUCUUUGGACUCAGAUUGACGGAACCCUAAACAGCCCUGUGUAGAUUCACAGCACAGAGAAGCACAUAGCCUGUGAGUGUGAGCUCACCCAGAGGAGGGAACGGGGUUGUGAGAUUGGGGAGAUGAGUCUGGGAGGAUAACAAGCAGCUGUGUGGAGGAAAGAGCGGGCAGAGGAGGGCAGAUCCACCAUGUCCCUCAGUGGAAGGGGCAGUAUAUCCCAGGAUGGGGGGCCAGUGGCCAGCAACGAGCGCCGGAACACACGAGUGAAGAGGGCUGUCCGCAUCUCCAGCAUCGUUGCUCAGGAGGUCCUCUCACUAGGUGCAGAUGUCCUACCAGAGUACAAGCUCCAGACCCCUCGCAUCCAUAAAUGGACCAUCCUGCACUACAGCCCCUUCAAGGCGGUGUGGGACUGGGUCAUCCUGCUCCUGGUCAUCUACACUGCCAUCUUCACCCCCUACUCUGCGGCCUUUCUCCUUAGUGACCAGGAGGGGGCGGCCAUGCAGAUCUGUGGUUACUCCUGCUCUCCGCUCAACGUGGUGGACCUCAUCGUGGACAUCAUGUUCAUUGUUGAUAUCAUCAUCAACUUCAGGACGACGUAUGUCAACAACAAUGACGAGGUGGUCAGCCAGUCACAGCGGAUCGCUGUGCACUACUUCAAAGGCUGGUUCCUUAUAGACAUGGUGGCGGCUAUCCCCUUUGACCUGCUCAUAUACCGCUCGGGAGAAGAGACAACAACUCUGAUUGGUCUGUUGAAGACUGCUCGACUGCUGCGAUUGGUGCGCGUAGCUCGGAAGCUGGACCGAUACUCUGAAUACGGAGCGGCCGUCCUAUUCCUCCUCAUGUGUACCUUUGCCCUCAUAGCUCAUUGGCUGGCCUGUAUCUGGUACGCCAUUGGUAAUGUGGAGCGUGCAGGAGCAGCCCGGAUUGGCUGGCUGGACUCUCUGGGUGACCAGCUCGGAAAACCCUACAAUCAGACUAUACCAGGGUCAGGUCCCUCCAUAAGGGACAAGUAUGUGACAGCACUCUACUUUACCUUCAGUAGCCUGACCAGCGUGGGCUUUGGAAAUGUCUCACCCAACACCAACUCUGAGAAGAUCUUCUCCAUCUGCGUCAUGCUCAUCGGCUCUCUGAUGUAUGCUAGCAUAUUUGGUAAUGUGUCAGCCAUCAUCCAGCGGCUCUACUCCGGCACAGCUCGCUACCACACCCAGAUGCUGCGGGUUCGAGAAUUCAUCCGGUUCCACCAGAUCCCCAACCCACUGAGGCAGCGGCUGGAGGAGUACUUCCAACAUGCCUGGUCCUACACUAACGGCAUUGAUAUGAAUGCUGUGCUGAAGGGCUUCCCAGAGUGCUUACAAGCUGAUAUCUGCCUGCACCUCAACCGCACCCUGCUGGAGAACUGUAAGGCCUUCAAGGGCUCCACUAAGGGCUGCCUGCGGGCCCUGGCCAUGAGGUUUAAGACCACCCACGCACCGCCAGGCGACACCCUGGUUCACGCCGGUGACAUCAUCUCAGCCCUUUACUUCAUCUCCCGUGGCUCCAUAGAGAUCUUGAGAGGGGAUGUGGUGGUGGCCAUCCUGGGUAAGAAUGACAUCUUCGGAGAGCCCAUUAACAUGUAUGCCCGCCCAGGGAAGUCCAAUGCCAACGUGAGGGCUCUGACCUACUGUGACCUCCAUAAGAUCCACAGGGAGGACAUGCUGGAGGUGCUGGACAUGUAUCCCGAGUUCUCUGACUACUUCUGGGGGAACCUGGAGAUCACAUUCAACCUCCGGGAUACUGCCACGGUUGCUGGCUCAAUGAGCAGUAAGAACUCUGACCAUGGUGGAGUCAACCAUCGGCUUCCCAGACAAGAACUGUCUCUCAGCUUGGACAGAGAUGCAGGGGAGACCAAUCCAUCCCAGAGACCUGUCCACAGGGCCAGAGGCCAGAGCUCCAGAGACCAGGGAGAUGGGCAGAACACAGAGUUUGAGGGGCUGAGGAACUCAGUUUAUUCUCCUUCCCACUCCAGCAGAGAUGAGGAGUCAGUGUUAACCAGCCCUGUACAACCAACUUCACUAAUGGGGACUCCCUAUAGUGAAACCACCAUCCUCAACAUCAGCAGUGCUUCAGAAGAUGAGAUGAACCACAAAACUGGCAACACCUGCAACGCUCUCUCAGGGGCUAUCUCAGGUGUCUCCAACAUCUUCAGUUUCUGGGGGGAGAGCCGUGAGCAGCAGCAGUAUCAGGAGGUACCCUGCCACAGCCUGCCCUCCCCUCCCCCUCAUCCUCCCACUCACAACGUUGCCCAGAGCAGCAACAACCGACGGCAGUGCAGCGAGCUAGAGAACAGGCUGGACCUGCUGCAGAGACAGCUCUACAGAUUGGAGUCACGGAUGUCAACAGACAUCGGGGCCAUCAUGCAGCUGCUCCAGAGACAGAUGGUGCUGGUGCCCCCGGCUUACAGCACAGUGUACUCCUCCCCUGAACCGUCUGUCACCCCCACCCUCACCCCCAGGCAUGCAGAAAGGCUGGUGCAGCCUGCCUCACCACUGGACUCAGAGACCCUAGCCUCCCUCUCACAGUUCUUGGUCGACACAGACUUUGACGACAGCCCUUCCAAGUCCUGUGAGUCUCUGCACAGCAUGGAGCCAACCCCAGUCCUGGACACACCCCUGGGCUUGUCCAGCCAUCCAGAUACUGUGCCCUUAAGCCUGGUCAAACAUGGGACCUUCUCAGUGUCAGUGCCGGGGUCAGGGACAGGAUUGGCUCAGUCAGAGCCCUCGGAUGGCCGGCGGCGCUCCCUGCCUGGGAAACACACAGCUCUGGACCUGGAGAGCCCCUGGACAACUGCACACAGAUACAGCUCUGACCCUGGGAGUUAGGGGCCAUCCAUGGCACUGUAUGUGUAAUACUAACAGUCUCACUGUUUAUGGACAUGGAGUCAGAAGAGGAUGUAGCUUCCCUCUCUGCUCCUGAAAUACAAUAUCCUGGGCUUCGGAUAACAUUAUGGUCCUCAAAGCAUAUCUUUUCACAAAUGUAUACUACCAUUUGCAGUGUUGUAUAUGGAAACAUAUUUGUCGUUGUUAGUCAAUAUCUGUCUCUAUAUGUCCUUGUUGUCUCCACGUAGGGGUCAACUGGAGUGUUAGCCGGGCUAACACUACUUUCUGUUUUGUCUGGUGUAGUUGUGAUGGGAGAGAUGUUGCUAAGUUUCACUGGUCUACUGAUGUUGCUGUACCGGCUGUCCGGCUCAAUGGGUAAAAGCCAUGAAUUCUGGGAUCCAUGUCAAGUCCUUGAAUUACUGAACUAUAUUAGCAAGCAAUAUGCAAACUGUACAAGUUUUCUGUUCCCUUAUCAUGGUGUAAACGAUAUGGUUUCUUCUCUCCUUUGUCCUUGAGUUAGCCUAGAUGUUAAAUGAGAUGGCGGGCGCGCUGAAUGAUGACAUAAUAACCAAUCCCAGGCCAGCAGAGGAUUACAGAAUGAUGAUAUAAUCUACUGAAUGAAGUAUCUAUCAGAACACAUUAAUAUUCCAUGAUUCAGGCUGGCCAACUGGGACCAUUCACCUCCCUUCUCUCUCUGACUCCAGAAGACAGACUACUCAGUUACUGUCACAAGCAAAGCCAAGUGUAAUGCCACUGGUAAAAUGCCACUGUUUACACAUUUAAGGGCAGGACCUGCAUGUGUUACAACCUAAACUAAAAUGUUCUGUCUCUUGUUUGAUAAAAGAUUUAGAUUGAAUGAUUUAUUGAAAAUGCAUCUGUAUAUAUUUAAAGAAUCAAUCGUUAUGGUUUAUUGAUUCAUUGUCAGUCUUAGUAGUACCCUUACUUAUCCUAUUGUUAUAGUUGUGUUACUGUCCCAUUCUGGGAAAUAGAUUACUGCAUAGAAAGUAGCUUGAAAUGUAAGGAUAUAAUGUAAAUAUCAGAUACAGUCGUUGCUGGUUGCAGGUUUUUGGCCAGGGUACAGUAUUUAUUGAAUCAAUUGAAUAGAGUUACCAUGUAGUUUGAUUUAACUUUGAUAAUGAACAUUUGAA